GAGUCCGGUUUCCCCGCUCUCCAUUCGCCGUUACGCACUCCCCGAUGCUGCCCAGACACCUCCAAGCUCUCGUCGCCCGCACUGCUGCGCGGCGGAGUGCAUCCUCGGGCUCUCUCCUCCGACAGCACCCAAGCGCCCCAUUCCGAACAUUUCCGACCGGCGCGUCAGCAGGGUUCCACUCGUCCUCCCGAAAUCGUAACGAGGUCCCGAAGUCCCCGUUCCAGACCUUCGUGGAGGUGCUGCGCGACGAGCUGAAGAAGAACCGGGAGCUGCAGGAGAAUGUCAAGCAGCUGCAGGGCGACGUGGACAAGUUGCAGGACUCUGAGGCAAUGAAACGCGCGCGCGCGGCGUACGAGCGGGCACGGCUCACGUCGAGUAUCCAAGAAAACCCUCGGCUUCGGGCAGCCGCCGAGGAGUUGCGGAAAACGGGAGUCAAGGUCGGCGACGCGGUAGGCGAGGCGCUGAAGACGAUGGAGGAGAGCGAAAUCAUGCGUGCGAUCUCACGCGCAUCCGCAGCCGUGUCCUCGUCCAUAGAGAAGUCCACCGAGCCCAUCCGCAACACCGCCGCGUACAAGUCGUUAGCCGAGACCCUUGUUGACGCACUGGAUGACAGCGGGAGCGCGAAGCACGCUGGUUUCGAGGAGAGGGAAGCACGGCGGCUGAGGCGGCAGAAGCGGCUAGAAAAGCUUGGUCGCACGAGCGGAUUCGCACAAGCCAACCGUGUCGCCGUCAACGAGGAAGCAGGGUCGGCCCUCGUCCUCCACAAAGACUCACCCCGACAAGAAAAAUGGAACCGCAUGAAGGAAGAGAGCCCGGUCUUCCGCACGCUGGCGUCCUGGCGGCAAGCUUACGACGAAUCGGAAAACCCCGUCGUCGCCUCGGUGCGGGGCAUCACCGAGACCGUCGGGUCGUGGUUCGAGGAGAACGAGAUGGCGCAGGUCAAUCGCAUGAUGAAGAACCUAGACCCGACCUACACGCACGACUCGUUCGAGCGGGAACUGCGUGAAUACAUCGUGCCGGAGGUCGUGGACGCGUAUUUGAGCGCCGACCAGGCCGCAUUGAAAGCCUGGUGUGGUGAGGCGACAUAUAAUGUGCUUUGGGCAACGAUGGAGGUCUAUCUACGACAAGGCCUGAUUAGCGACAGCAAAGUGCUCGAUAUCCGACAAGUCGACAUCUCUGCCGGGAAAGUACUCGAGAACGAGCUACCUGUCUUUGUGAUCCAAUUCUCGACGCAGGAGGUCCUGCUAUUCCGGAACGCAAUAUCAAGGGAAAUCGUCGUUGGCGCGGAGAACAAAGUCGAGCAGUGCACGUAUGUUGCUGCUGUGACACGCGUGGAGGAGGAGCUGGAUAACGAGCUCACUGGUGGGUGGAAAGUCAUCGAGAUGGCCCGAAGGAGCGCCCGUGCAUAUCUUUAGAUUCAAAAGUACAUAAUACAUUAAUGCAGAGAGCAGAGCGCUCACCCCCCUCCUCGCCAAUGAUGACUAGAUGUCAGGAUAAUCGUCAAAUAC